AUGUCGCCUCCUGGUCUGGAGAUCGAUACCAGCGAGGAGCAUCAGCUACAAUCCAUCCUUUACCCUCUCUUCCCUCACACGGUGCGACUACAGCGGGUACAGUCGUUGGAAGGCCACCUGCACCCGCUGCGUCUUCUCACCCUAUCAAAUGGCGUGCAGUUGAUACUCAAAAGCUACCCCCGGCCAACAACGGCUCUGUUGCGUCGGGAGCGGUUCCUGCUCGAGACGGAGGCCCGGAUGCUCGCCAUUCUCAACCAGAGCGCCAACCCGUGUCUUCCACAGCUGUUUCAAUACGAUCCCCAGGGGGCCGCCGGGCAAUCGGCGUUUCUCUUGAGGCAGUAUGUGAAAGGAACGACUCUGCAGGAGAUGCAGACGCUUCUGAGCCCCCAGGAGCGCAACGACAUCGAUCGCCACCUGGGGUUCCUGGCGAAUAUGGUCGGCCAGCAUGUGGCACCGCUCUUCGGACCGCUCGACAGGGUAGCCUCCGGGGUGGGCAGUCAGUCCUGGCGGGAGGCCUUCUUUGCUCUCUUCGAGGGCGUGCUUCGGGAUGCCGAGGACAUGUUCAUCCACCUCCCUUACUCGGAGAUCCGGUAUGAGAUCAGCCGCCUGGCCCCGUCGUUGGAGCAGAUCACCUUGCCACGUCUGGUAGUCAUUGACUUCGGCCACCCGUCGCAAGUGCUCCUCGACCAGGAUUCCAGGCAGCUCUCUGGGGUCAUCGACCUCAGCCACGCGAUAUGGGGCGAUAUCCUCAUGGCGGAAAUCUUCGACGACGCUUCCCCUGCCGUCUGGGACGGAUUUGGCCUGCAGCUCACCCAGACCAAGCUGGAACAGGCCCGUCUUCUUCUCUACUCUUGUUACCGUUCUGUCUACCGGAUCACUGCCCAGUACUACCGGAACCGUGAUGAGACCACUGAGAUCGAUGCCCGCAGACGAUUAACGGCAACUAUCGCGAAGCUGGAGGCCAUGGAACUUGCAUGA